CCCCAGGACCCCCCCGGCCGGCCCCGGGGAGCCCCAGCAGGUCGCCCCCGCGCCGCUGAGCCAUGCGGGAUCGCCCGGCGCCGUCCCCGCCAGAGCCAUGAGCGGCUGCCGCUACAAUGGGGGGGUGACACGGCCCCGGGGCCCCCUGAGCUCCUCCGCCCGCACCCCGCAGCCGCUGGAAGGGGAGACGCAGCCGCUGCGCAGCCCCUGCCCGUCCCCGCGCCUCGAGGUGGUGGUGUCCCGGCCGGAGCAGCCCGGGGGAGCGGAUCCCGGCCCCGCCGCGACCCCCCCGGGGCAGGAUGCGGCCGAGGAGCGGGCGGGGGAGCCGCGGAGGAACCAGAACAUCGGCUACAAGCUGGGCCACCGGCGAGCCCUCUUCGAGAAGCGCAAGCGCCUCAGCGAUUACGCCCUGAUCUUCGGCAUGUUCGGCAUCGUGGUCAUGGUCACCGAGACGGAGCUGUCCUGGGGGGUCUACACCAAGGAGUCGUCGUAUUCGUUUGCACUGAAAUGCCUUAUCAGCCUCUCCACCCUCAUCCUGCUGGGGCUCAUCGUCAUGUACCACGCCAGGGAGAUCCAGCUGUUCAUGGUGGACAACGGCGCGGAUGACUGGCGCAUCGCCAUGACCUACGAGCGCAUCUUCUUCAUCGCGCUGGAGCUGAUCGUGUGCGCCAUCCACCCCAUCCCCGGGCAGUACCUGUUCACCUGGACGGCGCGCCUGGCCUUCACCUACGCCGCCUCGGUGGCCGACGCCGACGUGGACAUCAUCCUGUCCAUCCCCAUGUUCCUGCGGCUCUACCUGAUCGGCCGCGUGAUGCUCCUGCACAGCAAACUCUUCACCGACGCCUCGUCCCGCAGCAUCGGCGCCCUCAACAAGAUCAACUUCAACACCCGCUUCGUCAUGAAGACCCUCAUGACCAUCUGCCCCGGCACCGUGCUGCUGGUGUUCAGCAUCUCCUCCUGGAUCAUCGCCGCCUGGACCGUCCGCGUCUGCGAGAGGGACAAACUGUACCACGACAAGCAGGAGGUGACCAGCAACUUUUUGGGGGCCAUGUGGCUGAUCUCCAUCACCUUCCUGUCCAUCGGCUACGGGGACAUGGUGCCCCACACCUACUGCGGCAAGGGCGUCUGCCUGCUCACCGGCAUCAUGGGCGCCGGCUGCACCGCCUUGGUGGUGGCCGUGGUGGCCAGGAAGCUGGAGCUGACCAAAGCGGAGAAACACGUCCACAACUUCAUGAUGGACACGCAGCUCACCAAGCGGGUGAAAAAUGCUGCUGCCAACGUACUCAGGGAAACGUGGCUCAUCUACAAACACACCAAGCUGGUGAAGAAGAUCGACCAUGCCAAAGUUCGGAAACACCAGCGUAAGUUCCUCCAAGCCAUCCAUCAGCUGAGGAGUGUGAAGAUGGAGCAGCGCAAGCUCAACGACCAGGCCAACACCUUGGUGGACCUGGCCAAGACCCAGAACGUGAUGUACGACAUGGUGUCGGAGCUGCAGGAGCGCCACGAGGACCUGGAGAAGCGGCUGGGAGCGCUGGAGAGCAAACUGGAGGCGCUGGGGCUGAGCCUGCUGGCGCUGCCGGGGCUCGUCAGCCAAGCCCUGGGCCAGCAGCAGCGGGAGCUGCUCGGGGCGUGGCCCCCCCGCCUCUGCUCCGCCACCGCCCCCUGCACCCCCACCCGGGCCCCCUCCCGAGCCGCCCCCGACAGCCCCCGGCCCGCCUCGGAUAGUGGGUGAGAGGUGGGGGGUGCUGGGGACACCCCCGUGUCCCCCCUCUGUCACCUCAGAUAGAGGGUGGGGGGUGCUGGGGGCACCCCCGUGUCCCCCUCUGUCACCUCAGAUAGAGGGUGGGGGGUGCUGGGGGCACCCCCGUGUCCCCUUUGGUCACCUCAGAUAGAGGGUGGGGGGUGCUGGGGACACCCCCAUGUCCCGUUCUGUCCCCCCCUCACCCCUUUGGACUGUGGAUAAUGGGGUGGGGGGGCUGGGGGAGCAUCCAGGGGUCCCCUUCUGUCCCCACCCCCCAGGUCUGAGAGCGGUGGGGACACCCAGGGGUCCCCCCUCUGUCACCUCCCCCUACCUCGGGUAGUGGGUGACGGGGUGGGGGCGUGGUGGGGACACCCCCAUGUCCCCUUCUGUCCCCCCCCCACCCCUUUGGACUGCGGAUAAUGGGGUGGGGGGGCUUUGGGGAGACACCCCCAGCCCCCUUUGUGCCCCCCUCACCUCCCGGGACAGUGGGUGAGGACUGCGGGGGGGGGAGUCUUGGGGACACCCCCAUGUCCCCUUCUGUCACCUCUGCACCCCUUUGGACUGUGGAUAAUGGGGUGGGGGGACUUGGGGGUCACCCCCAGCCCCCUUUGUGCCCCCCACCCUCCCUCCUCACCCUCGGGACGGCAGUUUUGGGGUGCAGAGGGGGGGUCACAGAUCCCUUUGUGCCCCCCACCCUCCUCACCCUCAGGACGGCGGUUUUGGGGUGCAGAGGGGGGGGUCACAGCUCCCUUUGUGCCCCCCAGCCUCCUCACCCUCAGGACGGCUGUUUUGGGGUGCAGAGGGGGGGUCCCAGCUCCCUUUGUGCCCCCUCCUCACCCCCAGGCCCGGCAGCUCUGGGGUGGGUGCAGGAUAGGGGGGGUGUGGGGAGUCCCAGCUCCCUUUGUGCCCCCCACCCUCCCUCCUCACCCGCGGGACGGGCGGUUUUGGGGUGCAGGGGAGGGGACCGGGGGGGUCCCGGGGGGGGCCCCGUUAAUGUCUGGCCAUCGUGUGGCUGAUCUCAGUAGCUUUGUUCUGUAAAGCCCUGUAUAAACUUCCUGCGUUCAC